CUCAGCACUUGAACACCCCGCGAUUGCGCCGCCAAGGGCUAGAGUCACUACGGAUCCUCUCAGCCUCGCAACACCGCCAUAGAACCUCACGCGCCAGAUCGACCUGGCAAGAUGGCGUCGCUUACCAAGGAGGAGAGGCUCGCCCUCAUCAAUGAGAACCUCGAGGAGGCUCUAAACAUGGAAAUCAUUGAGGAGAUACUUGCGCAGGGCCGCGACCCCAAAAUCUACUGGGGAAGUGCCACUACGGGACGACCGCACGUCGGUUACUUCGUGCCCGCCCUCAAGUUGGCCCAGUUCCUCGCCGCGGGCUGUGAGCUUACGAUACUCCUCGCCGACAUCCACGGCUUUCUCGACAACCUCAAGGCCCCCAUCGAGAUCGUCGAGUACCGCGCCGAGUACUACAAGUUCGUCAUCCAGGCGAUGCUGCGGGCAGUCGGGGUCCCGACCGAGAAGCUGCGCUUCGUCCUGGGCAGCUCGUACCAGAAGAGCGCCCCCUUCAUCAUGGACGUCUACAAACUGGCUUCGCUCACAUCGGAGCACGAUGCGCGCAGGGCUGGUGCUGAGGUAGUCAAGCAGUCCAACAACGCGCCCCUGAGCGGUCUUCUCUACCCUCUUCUUCAGGCCCUGGACGAGGAGUACCUGGGAGCCGACGCGCAAUUCGGCGGCACCGACCAGCGCAAGAUCUUCACCCUGGCCAAGGAAGUCCUUCCCAAGAUUGGCUACAAGCCCCGCGCCCAUAUGAUGAACCCCAUGAUUCCGGGCCUGCAAGGCACGAAGAUGAGCUCCAGUGACCCAGACAGCAAAAUCGACCUGCUGGACUCUGCCGAGGCCGUGACCAAGAAGCUCCGCAAGGCCGAAGCUGUGCCCAAAGUGCCCGAGGGCAAUGGUAUCCUGGCGUUUGUUGAGUUUGUGUUGCUCCCGGCAUCGAAACUCAAACUUGGACACCCAGAAUUCCGAGUCGAGAGGGAGCGUGAUGGCUUAGAGCCGCUUGUCUACGACAACAUUGAGAAGAUUAGGCAAGACUACAGGGAGGAUGUGCUCUCUCCACAACUGUUGAAACCUGCAGUUACCAAGGGACUGCUUGAGCUCAUGGCGCCGAUUCAGGCCGAGUUCCAAGCCUCCAAAGAGUGGCAGGAGGUCACUGAGAAGGCCUACCCGCCACCGGAAGUGAAGAAGAAGGAGAAGAAGGUCAAGAACAAGGGAACACGGCACCCGGGAGCUGGAGGAACCGCAACCUUACCCGAGAGGCCCAAGGAGGCAGCGGCAGAGUAAGCAGCGAGAGACGGUCAAUAGAGAAAUGGACUAACAAAAUAAGAUAAUGGAUGAGAGAAAUGAUGGAAGCCUUCGAGACGACGAUUGUAAAUCAAACAAGGUGUAGGCGCCUAGCUAGGCAUCUGAACAGGAACCUCGAGUGUCGGAAUGGGAAAGAGAUGUUGGCAGCAACUGAAAGGGGAUAGACAAUGGCCAAAAGUUGGCCGUGGUAAAUGUG